AUGGCAAUUAAAGUUGAUUAUCCCCGAGAAUUUAAAGGUUUCGCCAUUACGGAUCCUAAGGACUGGGACCGACCAAAGUUGACUUCGUAUGAACCGAAGAAGUUUGGUGAACACGACGUUGACAUUGAGGUUGAGUGCUGUGGCAUUUGUGCCUCCGAGCUGUUUUCUUUGAAGAAUGAGUGGUCGGACGCGCCUUUAGCUUGUCUCUCGUCUAGUUACGGGCCCAAAUCUCAGGUUGUAGGCCACGAAGUCAUCGGCAGAGUGGUCGCCGUUGGCGACAAAGUUACUCUUUGUAGUUUAGGCCAGAGGGUCGGUUUGGGUGCGCAGGCUUCGUCUUGUAUGGCAUGUCCGCGUUGUUCGAGCAAUAACGAACAGUACUGUUUGAAGAGCGUCGGCACCUACUGUUCUAGGUACCCUGAUGGGUAUGUGUCGCAGGGCGGAUAUUCUUCGCACGUCCGUGCUCAUGAGCAGUUCUGUUUCCCAAUUCCCGAUCGGAUCCCAUCCGCGUAUGUCGCGCCAUUGAUGUGUGGUGGACUCACGGUGUACUCGCCGAUCAAGCGUAGCAUCGAAGGGAUUGAGAGCCCUAGAGUCGGGAUCAUUGGCAUCGGUGGUCUGGGACAUAUGGCGGUCAUGAUCGCCAAAGCACUUGGAGCACACGUUACGGCCUUCUCCCGGUCAAGCGAGAAGAAGGAGGAUGCCUUGAAAAUGGGCGCCGAUUCCUUCAUCGCUACCGGGGAGGAUGAGAACUGGAGCUCUGGCUUGACCGAUAGUUUUCACUUGAUUUUGAACUGUGCGUCUUCGACUACGGCUUUGGAUCUUGACGCUUUCGCCAGCGUCUUGAAAGUGAACCGCCAACUGCUCUCUGUCGGCUUGCCCGAAAAGAACGAAAGCUUCGACCUUAAACCAUUCACCUUCAUCAGAAGCGGCUGCUCUAUCGGUGUCUCCAAGCUGGGUUCUAGACAGGAGGCGAUCGAGCUGCUCGACUUAGCGGCCAAGCACGGUUUCAAGCCUUGGGUCGAAACCAUCGAUGUCUCGGAAGCCGGCAUCCACGAAGGUCUGACCAGACUGGACAGAGGAGAUGUCAGAUACCGGUUUACGCUGGUCGGGUUCAACAAAUUCUUCGGUACUGGAGCUAGAUAG